AUGCCAACCCACCAACGUUACUCCUCCCGCACCUCCUCCCCCCUCCUCGUCUCCUCCCGCUGGCCCGCCCUCGCUCGAAUCUCCCUCUCCCUCCCCUCCCGCGCCACCCAUCGAUGGCUCGGUCUUGGCGUCUUCGGCCUAGGAGUACUCAUGGCAUUUCUAUUCUUUGCAGAGAGUUUCUCCCUGCAUUUCACUUACCAGGGGCAGGGGAGGUGGCCUGUAGCUGGUCCAGGUACAGGAGGGUUGGGGUUGGCGAAAGGAAGUGGGAAUCAGGACCUGUCUUGGUUGACACAUGAGGAUGAGUCUCUUCAGACUGCUGCGCGCAGACCGCAGGUGUACCAUAAAGACUCAGGAAGGAUCGUCGUCACCGGCGGUGGGGGCAACAUCGGGAAAGCAAUGGUUCGCCGGCUCCUAGCAACAUCCACCCCAGUAACAGUGUUGGACCUGGUCUUCCCUCCCCAGGAACUAGAAGACAUCUUCCUCGAUUUCCCCGCUGCUCGCCAGUCACUCCACGUCGUUUUAGGAGACAUACGCAACCAGACCUCCCUCUCAGCAGCCCUCACACCUGACGUCGUCGGUGUGGUACACCUCGCCGCUGUGUCCCGUGUCCUCUGGUGCUUGGAAAACGAGCCCGACUGCCUGGACGUCAACGAGCGCGGCACCCAGCUCGUCCUUGACGCUCUUACCGCCCAUGGCCUGCGUACGUCUACCAAACCAUGGUUCGUCCUCGCCUCAUCGCGCGAAGUCUACGGGAACGCCCGCUCUUUCCCUGUACCGGAAGACGCCGAUCGCACACCAGCAAACGUCUAUGGCGCCAGUAAGCUCCGCGCCGAGUCCGUGCUGGAACACCAUCUAUCCCAGCUAGAGAAAACCGGGCGCAAAGCCGGAUCCUUGCACGCCAUCGCCCUUCGGUUAUCGAACGUCUAUGGAGGAGAAUUCGACCACCUCGAACGGCUUAUUCCCUCCAUUGCUACUCAAGCGCUUUCCCACCUCCCGAUCCAGCUCGUCGGCGGCGCGCAGAACCUCGACAUGCUCCAUCUUGACGACUGUAUCGACGCUUUCAUGCUCGCUAUCCGGCGGCUCAGCACUGCCAUAUCAGGCAGUCGCUCGCCUCGUACAGCACUGGAAGCGUUUAACGUCGCCAACGGGAAAAACGAGCGGGCGCCAGAGCUGGUCGACAAGCUCCUUCAUCUUGCAAGGUCAAAGUCGCCCAUCCAGAGACUGAGAGGGGAUAACAGGUUCCCGGACGAGUACGUCGGGAGCACGGUGAAAGCCCAACAGGUGCUUGGCUUCCGCGCACAGGUGUCGAUCGACGAGGGCUUGCUCAGACUUGUCCGGCUGUACUUGCAGCGCACGCAGAGGUUCUUAAGCCAGAAGAUAGGCGAGCAGUGUUUUGCCCACUCCCCCGAUCUGGAGAUCAACACCCAUUUGGAGAAACUCGACGACUGUAUGGUACACGUUACCGCCGACGUGCAGAACCGACUUGGUGUGCUCACGCCCGAUAACCAGAGGCUGGAGAUAAGGAACGCCUACCCUGCUGCGCCUUUCUGGUCUUCGAUCAAGCAAGAGGACGGCAAGUUCAUGAUCCGCCUGAGGGAUUGGCAUUAUCCGUUCAUGUACCUCGGCCUGCGUCCCGACACACACGAGCCAGGGACGGUACACAACGGUGUGGCAGACGACGGGGACUCGUCAGUCUGGUGGGAGGUGGAAGUGGACCCCGCCCAGGCAGCGAUCAAGCUCCUCCUUCCUGGCUCAGGUCUCCAGCUCACCCCGCCAAACAUGUUCAACGGCAACUUCUCCUGGUCCGCUGCCUCCUCCCCUAUCUUCCCUUUCCGCAUCACACCCCUCUGCUGUCCUUCCCCCGCUCCCUGGCCGUUCGCGGCAGAGGAUCCUAUGGACCACUCGAUCGAUUUCCUCCGUACGAGCACUAUGCCCCAGUUCUCGGCUAGCAUCCCAAAAGCCGAAUGUCAGCGGAUGACCCGAGCGCUAGACAAGGUCCGCCGCGAUCUCGCAACACUCAGCCUCGACCUUUUAACGGGAAAGAAUGGGAUCCAGACCCGUCUGGGGCCCGUGAGCGAGUGGAGCAACACGGGUCUCCCCGCGUGUACGAACAUGUGCGACCACCCGACCGUGUGUGUCGAUACUGGAGACUGUCAGUGUGUCCUCUCCUCCUGCCCUUCAGCAAGCAGGUUCCCCUUCUCGGCAUUUGCCAACCUACCUACCCUCUCCUUCCCUCCUAUGCUUGAACCUCCCUCCCAGCAAAACCCCACCGCCCUCCUCGAGAUGGUCCAGCGCUCUUCGUGGCGGAACGUCCUCCGUCCUCAGGCAUCGCGCUAUAUCGGCACGAACGAGCCUUGGCCCAAGAUCCACGUUGCGGAGCACACGCCUCAGCUCAAGACUUGGCUCGAAGGGGAAGGCGCUGAAGUUAGCAAGCUCAGCCAUUAUCACUGUUUUUCUGCCGACGUGAGCAUGGAACUCCCCCUUCGGGAAGUGUCGGUGCCCGCAGAAGAAGCAGAGAUGAUCUUCAUGCCCUUCUACCAGAAUCGCGCUCAGUGGCUGUUUGGCGAAGAAUGGAAAUUCAUGCGAGAGACCAUCCCCGGCCUGGACCCGCACAAAGUUGUCAUCCCCUUCACGCACGAUUUUGGCGCGUGCAUGUGGUGGGAACACAGUGUUUAUCGGGCGCGUGAAGAACGCUUUGAUCGAGCGAAGGAGGCGAGGGACUCGAUCGCUUGGCAGGUUAUGGCUGAUAUGAACACGCCUUGCUAUGCUCCCCUUCAGGACGUCGUUAUGCCUCCCCGGACAUGUGCCAGCCCGCAACUGUACGCCGCGUUCAGCGAUAUGGCGCGAGUGAAGCCCGCGCGCCAGCGGAACGUGCUCGCCACGUUCAAGGGCUCCUACUGGGGCACAGGGGCAAACACGCGUAGGAAGCUUAACUGCGAGAAGCGCCUGCGCACGCUUGAGGAUGUGGCCACGCCAAGACUCGAGACUGAGCAGCGGCUCAUGACUGUUUGGGACUCGCUAGGCGACUAUGAGUCGUACCCUGCUAUAUUGAAUGACACGAUUUGGUGCCCCUUGCCUGAAGGAGUGACUGGCUGGGCAACACGAUUAGAAGACGUGGUGUACGGAGGUUGUAUCCCGGUCUUCGUCGGCCAUGCAUCACAGUAUCCAUUCUACGAUAUGCUGGAUUGGAGCAAGCUGUCGAUCGCUAUCGAGCGGAAGGAUCUUCAGCGCAUCGAGGAGGUGUUGAUGAGCUACACGAUGGAAGAGAUCGAGCGAUUCCAGACCAACCUCAUGCUCGUCCGUGACGCAUUCCUCUACCCUCUCGACGGGAACCAUAAGGAUCAACUGACGAUGCGUGGUCCGCUGUUCUACGCGAUGCACUCGACCAAAAUGCGGAUGUUGACGCAGUAUCCCAGCGACGUAUUAGUGGACAGACCGGAUUGGGCAGAAGGACGGCCUUAA